GCGGCGCGGCUCGGGGGGUUCUAUUGAGGGAAGCGCCGCUUAGGGGUUUCUCCCCGCGCACUCCUCAGCACUUUCAGACCAUGUUAAAGACCAAGUUGAAUGUCCUAACUCUUCGGAAAGAGCCUCUUCCAACAGUGAUCUUCCAUGAACCAGAAGCCAUUGAGCUGUGCACCACAACUCCCCUCAUGAAGACCCGGAGUCACACUGGAUGCAAGGUUACAUAUUUGGGUAAGGUUUCCACAACAGGAAUGCAAUUUUUGUCAGGCUGCACAGAGAAACCCGUCAUUGAAUUAUGGAAGAAGCACACACUCGCCAGGGAGGAUAUUUACCCAGCUAAUGCCCUUCUGGAAAUUCGCCCUUUCCAAGUCUGGCUGCAUCAUCUGGACCUCAAAGGUGAGGCGACAGUCCACAUGGAUACCUUUCAGGUUGCACGUAUAGCCUACUGCACUGCUGACCACAACAUCAGCCCAAACAUCUUUGCUUGGGUCUAUCGGGAGAUCAACGAUGACUUGUCCUACCAGAUGGACUGCCAUGCUGUAGAGUGUGAGAGCAAGCUGGAGGCUAAGAAGCUGGCCCAUGCCAUGAUGGAGGCCUUCAAGAAAACUUUUCACAGCAUGAAAAGUGAUGGCCGGAUCCACAGGAACAGCUCGUCAGAGGAAGUGUCUCAUGAAUUUGAGUCUGAUGAUGGCUGACUGAACUCAGUCAUGGUUCAGCAAAGGCAGAAAUGGCCUAGGGAAUGCGAGCUGAUAGAUGAAUAAGUAACAAUUGAAACUGGGGAAGGAAAGGACUGCCAAACACUUCUCUGACCAGCUUUUUAAAUCAAAAGAGCAAUUCAGUACCUACAGAUAUGCAUCAUUAAAGUAAUUACAUUGAAA